AGAAUGGAUAGACGUAGACGAAAACAACCAAAGGCUACUGCAAACUAUGAAUCCGAAGAGGUGAGUAGUAUCGAAUGGGAAGUCGUUACCAUGAGCGAACAAGAAGAAGAUCUUAUCUAUCGUAUGCAUAAACUCGUUGGCGACAGGUGGGAACUAAUUGCGGGUAGAAUACCGGGACGAACACCGCAAGAAAUAGAGAGGUUUUGGAUAAUGAAACAUACUGAAGGAUUCGCCGCACCAACAACAUCCGGAAGAAGAAAUAAAGGUAGUGGUAGUAACGGCAGCAAGAAAAAAUCAUCCAGAUGAUAAUAAACUUUAUGUCGGAGCAAACAUUUUCUAGUGUACUCGGCGGGGCUUGGAGAAAUAUUUUUGUGUUUUUUUCUUGACUCCAUUUUUCUUGAUGGAUCAUGAUGAACAUUACCUACUUGGCUACAAAUUAAUGGAGUAUUUGUUUCUUUGAAUCUUUGGAUGCAUUGUCUUCCAAGUUCCAACAUCCAUUGUUCUUUGCACGAUUUUUUUGCACUACUAGGUGUUACUUACUGGUCUUGUACUCCGGAAUGUUUAAUUUUGAUUCGUAAAUUAUUAGGCUUUGAAUGGCCAAAUCGAUACUAUU